UCUUGAAAUAUUAUGAUGUGUUGCCAAUGUCAUCAUUUUGUUCCACUCAGUUAUUAGGAUAAUUUUUUUUUUUUACAAAAACAAAAAAAGACAAAGUAGUUAGAACACAUUUUGGCAAAAACGGAUUGACGGCAACAUCAUUCAAAGGCAUACACCAUAGCUUUCAAAGAGGUCUGGAGGAAGCAUUCUUUAGUGCUGACUUUUGUUUUGGUAUCUGUGAUAUAUAUAGCCACUCAACAUUUGUUGGUAAGCACUUUAAAAAAAUCAAUGGCCUCAACAUCGAUAAGGGAAAAGCCACACAUCACAUUUGGCAUCAUAGCUGAUGUUCAGUAUGCAGAUUGUGAUGAUGGUACAGACUUUUCUAAAACAAGAGAGCGCUUCUACAGAAAUUCUUUAAACCUGCUAAAAAACGCAAUCAAUGACUGGAAACGCUUGGAUGACCCCGUUGCUUUUGUUCUGCAGCUUGGGGAUCUCAUUGAUGGGAAGAACAACGUUGGGGGUGAUACCAACAGUAAACGGGCUCUCAGUACAGCUCUGCACCCCUUAAAUUCCCUCCAUAUACCUAUCUACCACGUCAUUGGAAAUCAUGAACUCUACAAUUUGAACCGAUCUUUUUAUCUGACAUCAAGCCUCAACAGUUCACUUUCCCUCAGUAUAGAAACAGCCACAAAUCAUCUUUACUACACAUUUUUGCCUUAUCCAAAACUGAGAAUUGUUGCCCUUGAUACGUACGAGGUGGGUCUUUUAGGAUAUAAGGAUAGCCUAGAGGACGAGAAUUACAAAACAGCACAGAUGUGGAUGCGAGAAAGAAACAAGAACGAGGAUAUCAACAGUGUUGAGGGCCUGAGCGGGCUGGAGAAGAGGUGGGCGGCGUACAAUGGCGGCAUCAGUGAGAAGCAGCUGCAAUGGCUCUCUCAAGUGUUGCAGAAAGCUCAGUCAAAGGAAGAAAAUGUCAUCAUUAUGACCCACGUGGCCUUACAAUGUGAAGAUCGUGACUACACCAUUUGUCUUGCCUGGAACUACGACGACAUCAUGAACAUCAUCCACCAGUUUAGGUGCGUCAUCGGAGUCUUUGCCGGCCAUGAGCACGCAGGUUGGGAUUUUGUUGACGAUCAUGGCAUCCAACAUAUCACUUUUCAAGGAGUCAUCGAGACGCGCCCUGGUGGAAACGCUUACGCCACUGCCAGGCUGUGGGAUAAGACGCUAACAGUCACCGGCGUUGGGCGUGUCCCCAGCUUCACCAUACCCUUGCGUUAUCCUAUUUGAUCAUUUUUAUGUGGAAAAAAUGUAACACAAAUGUAAAUUUAAAAACAACAUUUUAAGAAAUAAAUUUUGCAAGUACUAACAAAGUUUUUAAAUUAUUAAAUAAACAGGGAACUACUCAUAUUAUCUUUAUUUUAAAAAAUUUGUUCUGAAUUGAUAUUAAAAUAUUUAAUGUGUUUACGUUGGUAGUUUUGUUAAGGCUUAUUUUGUAAAGAAUAAGGAAUUCAUAUAUAAUGAAUAUUAUUAAUUAUAUUGUUUUUUUAUGAAGUUAUAUUCUUGUUUUUUCAUUAUAUUAUUAUUGUUUUUCAUUAUAUUUUAUCUUUUAAAAAAUGUUAUUCAUGAACGAGGCUAGUUGGUGUAUUUUAAAAAAAACAACAUCUUCCUUUCAAAUUUCUCAAUGUGAUCACAUGACUUGUUGUCAUACUCAGUUUAUCAUAUUUGUCAACAAACAUGAUUGAUAAAAAUUCCUUUUUUUAACAGAACCUUAAUUUAAGGCAUUUAAUGAUCAAGCUUUGUAUGAUAAGCUGUCACUGAUAAAAUAUUGUGUGAUGUGUUCAAGGAAAAACAAGAGAUUGCUUGUAUUUGAGCAGUACACUGGAACUACUCCAAUCAUGUGUUUGGCCUGUUAGAAUUACACAAAAAAACAAAAGAUUUAUUCCUAUUUAUUUGGAAUACAUUUAAAAAAAAUUGUAGUUAUGAUAAAAUUUAUAAUUCUAGUUAUGUCACAAUUUAUUUAGGCAGCAUUAAUUUGAUAUUGAAAAAAAAUCAAUACUAGCAUAUUUAAUUUGGUUUUUAUAUUUUAUAUACUUUUUAUCGUUUUGUUUCGGUAUUAACUGUUAAAAUAUUUAAGAAAAUUUUUUAAUUUCAAAAGUGGAAGUGAUCUCUUGUACAAAUGUUUACCAUAGUAUCUAUUUAAUUUUAAAACAUUUUUCUGUAUUGAUCUGCCAGGAUUUAAAUUAACCAUAGGGUGGUGAAGGACUUGUCUAAUCAUGUUUUAAACCAUCUAAAGAUUUCCUGUUCCAAUAUAAAAUUAUAUUUUAAUUAAAUCCUACCGAACACACUUAAAUAUGGCCUAAAAAAAUCCUUCAAUGUGCGGGUUUUACAAUGUAUGUAAUAUUUUAAAAUUAAAAAACGGUUAAUGCAAGUGUUAUUUACAAUAAAUAACUUUGAAAUGUGUGCAAAAAGCAUACUAUUUUAACUCAUUAUGAGAUUCGCAGUUAAAAAUUCUGCAAUUUUGUGAAAAAAAUGUUAGAUUUUUUUUUCCUGAAGAUACAAAAGGGGAUUUUUACCUAGAUCUAGAAUAAAAUACAGAUUUUAAGGAUGAAAUGUUUCAAAAUAUUUGUGUAAUAACUAUAGGGCUGGUAAGUAGGUCAAUAAACAGUUAUGUGGCUCAUGCAGGUUUUAUUGAGCCGUAGAACUGUUUAUUGACCUACUUACCAGCCCUAUAACAUUGGGUCAACAAUUUUUUAGUUAUAAAGAUAAAAAUUAAAAGGGGAUGUUAUGAGGUGUGAGUAAAAAUUAUAAGGUGUUUUAAAUAUUGAUAAAAAAAUUAUAAGAAAAUGGGGACAAAAAUUAUAAUUAGUAAGUUGUAGAAAAAAAAUGUAAAAAAAAGAAAUAAAGAUAGACAUUUCACUAUAAAGAUAAAAUGUUUUUCACAAAUAAUGAUAAUUAUAAGAUACAUCCAGAAUUUAAUUAAAUUUUAAUAACAUUAGAAAUUAUUGUCCAAUCCCAAAAAAAGUAAUUGUUGUAUCUAUGUUUCAAUCUGUAGCACUAAGUAAAUGUUAUAACACUGCCAUACAGAUAUUAGCGCUAAAAAAAUAAUAUUUUUUUAGAUCGACUAAUCUUAAAAUUGAAUUUAUGGUUGUGUGUAGUCUUACAAAUUAUAAACACGUAAACUAACCUUCUAUAACAUAUUGUUCUGGUGACUGUUCCAAAAACUGUUUAUUCUCUCUUAGAAAUGUAGAUACAUACAUAAACUAGUUUGAGCAAGUAGAGUUCAGGUAUUUCUUAAUUGUUUUGUUUCUACAAGUUGUAACAAAACAUAUACUAAUGGAUUUAAGCCUUGAUUUAAAAACUGAACUCUUCAGGCCAAAAAGUUUAUUGUAUGAUUAUGUAAUUGUAGCUCAGUGGCUGUAAAAUAGAUGCCUGAUAUGAGUAAGAAAAAAAUAUGAGCUACAAAAAGUUGGCCAAAAUUAAAAAAUAUAUGCUGAUUUCAUUAAACAAUACUGUAUAUUAUUUUUAACAAGAAAAUUAAAAUAUGUUUUAUUUCUUUAAAAUAUUUGUCCCACUAGAGCCAAAGUGAUAUGUUUUUUUUUAUUUUAAUAUGUGUAUCUAACUACAUAACCCAGGGUUAUCUUUCCCUAACUUGUAGACACACAUCUAACAUAUUAAACAUGUUUACAUUUAUCUGUCUCACUUGUGUUCAAGGGAGUUAAGUCACUCCCAAUAAUACUUAGAAUGUUGAAACACACUUCUACGCAAAGCUACUAUAAAAUUUUAAAAAUAAAAUGAUAGAUGUUUCUAAUAAACAUAAUUUUAUGGUCUAUUUCACUAAGGGUUAAGCUGUUUUUAUCUACAAACAUAUUUGAUCAAUUAAAGUGUAUUGUACAUUAGUAUUUAAAGUAGCUAAAAAAUUAAUUUUGCAAUACUGAAAAGCGUUUUAUAAAUUUCUAAAAAACAUUUGAUUGUUAAAUAAAUGUGGGAUUUUUUGGUUAGGGUAUGAUUUUGUAAAACAAUUUCAAUAAAAGCAACUUGGCGGUUAAAUAAUAAAUCAGUUAAUAAUAUAAGUAUCAUAAUCGUUAACUUUCUAGUUUAUUAUUAUCAAUAUGACUCUUUUCACAUUAAAUGAGGUAGUAAUUUUUUUUGGCUGUUUUCCUGUUAGAAUAUUUUCUAUUGCUAAAGUUGUUGGUUGUUGAGGGUUCAUACUGCUGUCUUUCGGUGAAACUAAUAGAAACACUAACGCACAUACUGGAAAACUGCUAACUUCUCUUGAGAGAGUCAAAGUUGCUGUUGUUAUGUGUCUUUAUAAAAGAUCUUUGUAUGAUGUGUUGUAAGAGUCAAAGCAUCUUAGAUUCCAGUGUUGGACUUAAAAAAAAACUAGUUUGUAUUUAUAGAAAAAAAUAAUUGCUUGUGUUCAAUUAAAAUAUUUUUGUAUUCUUUCAUUAAAUUGCAAAUUAAAAUUAAUUAACUGAUGUGAUGGUUGACAAUUUUCGAGUUGGUUAUUUGUUUGCUAAUAAAUAAUUUUUUGUUUACUUU